UAUUGAACUAAUGAGUGUGUAAACUUGCACUAUGAAGGUGUUAGUAAUUUUUGCUGUGCUCGCGGUAGCAGCCAAUGCGAAAUCUAUUAACCCUUUAGUACCUGACAAUCACUCGGCUUACGGGUAUUUGCAAGAUGUUGGUGUCCCAGAAGCUGAAAGAAUACAAAAGGCAGAAGAAGCAUAUCUGAGGGGAAGAAUUACUGGAGGAGUUCCCGCUGCUCUUGGUCAAAUUCCUUAUCAGGCUGGCUUGAUCACUGAUAUAAUUGGCAUCACCGGUCGUGGAGUAUGUGGUGGUACGCUUAUAUCUCCAGACAGAGUGUUGACUGCCGCCCAUUGUUGGUACGAUGGUAGACAUCAGGCGUGGAGGGUGACAGUGGUUCUUGGCUCUGUGCUGUUGUUCUCUGGUGGGAAUAGGCAACAGACCAGCGUUGUUGCCAUGCACCCCAACUGGGUUCCGUUCCUAGUCAGAAAUGAUAUCGGUGUCAUCUAUCUGCAUUCACCAGUAGCGCAAUCAGCUACAAGUGCUCCUAUUGCGCUGCCAAGUGAUGCUGAAACCGAAAAUACUUUUGCCGGAUACCGCGCUAUUGCUUCAGGCUUCGGUGCUACUAGCACAGGUGCUAAUAUUACCACCAACCAGUACCUGAGUCAAGUGAAUUUGAACGUGAUAUCAAACAAUGUGUGCAACAUUGCGUUCCCAUCAGUUAUCCAAGCGUCGAAUCUGUGUACUAGUGGUCUUGGCGGUGUGGGUGUUUGCGGCGGUGAUUCAGGUGGCCCAUUGGUUACCACCUACAAUGGCAGACAAAUUGUGAUUGGAGUGACUUCCUUCGGUAUUCGUUUCGGCUGUGACAUCGGAUAUCCGUCAGCAUUCGCUAGAGUUACUUCAUUCCUGGACUUCAUAAGAUCGAAUUUAUCGGAGUACGUAUUCUGUUAUUUCAAAAUGAAGUUACUUCUGGCUCUUGUGGCAACUGUUGCCUUGGCUAACGCGAGGUUCAUCGAGCCAGAGGUUCCUGAAUACAACACCGCGUAUGGGUACAUGCAGAACUAUGGUAUCCCUCUGGCGCAGGCCAUCUACAAAGCUGAACUUGAAAACAACGAGCCUAGAAUUAUCGGAGGAUCUGCGGCUAGAUUGGGACAAUUCCCGUACCAGGCUGGUCUGAUCUCUGACAUCGUAGGCACCAGUAACCGUGGUGUCUGCGGCGGUUCUUUGGUGACCACUUCCAGGGUGGUGACUGCUGCUCACUGCUGGUUUGACGGCCGCAACCAGGGCUGGAGGUUCACUGUAGUAUUGGGCUCCAUCACUCUCUUCAGCGGUGGCACCAGGCUGGAAACCACCAACGUUGUUAUGCACAAUAACUGGAACCCGAGCACCGCCCGUAAUGAUGUCGCUGUAAUUCGCCUAAACAGCGCUGUAUCCACAUCUGCCAACAUUGCAACAAUAGCUCUGCCGACUGGCUCUCAAUUGAACGAGAACUUUGCGGGUAACACUGCUACGGCAUCUGGCUUCGGUCUUACCAGGCAAAAUGGCCAGAUUACCACUAGUCAAUUCUUAAGCUUCGUCAACCUGAAUGUCAUCACAAACAGCGUCUGCACUCUGGCGUUCCCACUGAUCGUCCAGUCCACCAACAUCUGUACCAGCGGCUCUGGUGGUAGAGGUGUUUGCGGUGGCGAUUCUGGCGGACCCUUGACUGUUGUGAGGAACAACAGACCACUCUUGAUCGGUAUCACGUCGUUCGGCUCUGGUCUCGGCUGCGAGAGGAACCUGCCCUCCGCAUACGCAAGAGUCACCUCCUUCGUGAAUUUCAUCAAUCAGAACAUUUAA